CAUCGGGGGUCCUGGCGCGGUCCUGCGGCGACGACGUCUCGGAGUCCCUGCGGAUAGCGGAUUUCUCUCUCGGCGGGUCGGCUGACUGCUCCUCUCGCCAAGGCAGCGUCCCCGGUUCUGCGGCUCUACGGUCUGGGAAGUUCACGUUCCGCCUUGAAAGCCAAGACUUGGAGGGGGGGGAGAGGAGGAAAAAUGCCUCGGUCUUUUCUUGUCAAGAAGUAUUUCUGCAAUAAGAAGCCGAAUUAUAGCGGGUUGGAGAGACAGCCUGCAGUUGUUCCAGAGCGCUAUCCUCUGGCUGAACUACCAACCCAGGACAACACCUCUGCCCUGAUGGUCUGUCCCACCAGCCCAGCCUUUAGUGUGUGCGUCCUGCCUGCACCGCUUUCCCCCAUCGCUCCUGUGUCCCCCACGCCGCCCCUGUUGCCACUGGGGCCACUGGACCUCAGCAGCUCCCCUUCCAGCAGCAGUGGAGAGGACGAGGAGGACGGUGGUCGGACGUCAGACCCACCCAGCCCGGAUCCCGUGCCCUGUCUCUACCACUGCCUGCACUGCAGUAAGAUCUACAACAGUCCCACGGCACUGGCACACCACCAACUGUCUCAUUAUUCACAGGGGGAGCAGACCCCCGCCCUGCCCAGCCAGGCCUCACCACGCACGGCCUUCCACUGCAAAAUCUGCUCCAAGGAGUACACCAGCCUGGGGGCCCUGAAGAUGCACAUACGCUCGCACACCUUGCCGUGUGUGUGCCCCACCUGUGGCAAGGCCUUCUCCAGACCAUGGCUUCUCAGGGGACACAUCCGAACACAUACGGGCGAGCGCCCCUUCUCCUGUCAACACUGUAACCGGGCCUUUGCUGACCGCUCCAACCUGCGUGCCCACCUGCAAACCCACUCAGAGGUGAAGAAGUACCAGUGUGGCUCCUGCUCUCGAACCUUCAGCCGCAUGUCUCUGCUGCACAAGCACACUGGCUCUGGAUGCUGCCCCGCCCCAUAGACUCGCAUUCCCCUGGUUGAUCCAGUUGGUCCAUUUUUGACGCCUGCUGGUUCAGUUGCCUCUUGUCUUCAGCCACUGGCACGUUUACUGAAGCCAGUUAGUGGCUCAGGGUGAAAAUUUACCAUAGACAUUUGGAAAGGGUGUUUUGCCAGCUCACUCCCAAGCCAGGAGAGAGGACUAAAAGAGAAGCUGGCAUUUGGUUAAAACUUGACUUCCAAAGUGCCUUUUUUCUCCCCCCCUCCUCCUCCCUUUUUAAUGAAAAGUAAGGUUUUCACUUCCCGGUGUAAUAGUUUUUAAACUGUCAUGCAAUGCCUUUUUUUUUUUUUUUGUUAGGCUUUGCCAAGUGUGUAUGUGUGUCUGUUUUGGAAGCAGCUGGACAUGCAGUUAAUUCCCAGGAAACCCCAUCGGUGCCGGCCGGUCCGGGACUGUGGCCAUGUUGCAGCUGCUUGUGUGUGUGUGUAUGGAGGAUGUCAUUCCUCACCAUACUCAUACAUGGCAUGCAUGUAUAUGAGCGUGUGUGUGUUGAGACAGCUGUCUGUGUAUGGUUUACUGUGGAGGGAGGGCGCUGAGAGAUGUGUUAGCUGUGACCUCGGCGACAGGUUGAACCUCCCCCUUAACCCCCCUCCUGUCUUCAACACCCCAUUACCCCAAACUCCACAAACACUUUCCUCUACAUUUGUGUAGUCACACCAACACAGAUAAAAGUCUGAAACCUGACAUCAGAACAAAAAUUCUGUCUCGGAUUGGACAUUAAAGGACCAGUUUACACUUGACCAAACCCGGGGGAGGGGGGGGGGGCUGCCUUAGCUUUUGCUGACGUUAGCAUUUUUCUUUUUACUAAUUGAACCAAAGACGAUUGAUUCUUUUAUGAAAUUUACUUUGAAAUACUUUUUGAACUUCAUGUUUAUAUACUGUCUUUUAAACUAUUCACAUGACAUUCAAAUGGAGAUGGUUUUAUGAUUCCUUAGCUUUUUUCUUUGGGGGGGGGUCAUUCGCCAUAUGUAAAUGUGAUCUGAUCUAAUAAAGUUGCUUUUAGAAUCCUGCUGCAGACCUUCUGUU